CACAAGCCCAGCCACCUGCAGAUCAUCAAAGAUGGCUCUGUAGUCCCUGGCUGGGGCCAAUAGUCUCGUUGUACACUCCGGGAAUGCACAGCAUGACCCAAAGACGAAUGAGUCAGGGCAUAAUUGAAUCAUUGAGGUAUAAAGCAUCGUAUGAGUCAUGCUCUAAAAAGGGGUAUGAAAGUCAGACAAGAAGUCGAGAUGAGGCGCGCAGAAUCAUGACCGUCUUGAUCACAAUACUGAGACCAGCAUGGCUUUCGAUCCCUUUCAACUACAUGUCCCGCAUGCAUCAUUGGAUGUGGUUGUGACUGCAGCAAAACACGAGGAUGGACCGACAGUGAUACGAGCACUCAACGAUCCACGGGUCCAUCUGAAUCUAGACCAGCCGCCAUUUCCCUAUACAGAAGCAGAUUGGGAGUCGUGGUUCAAGCACGUGAAAGAGAUCAAUGACAGGACGCGAGAGGAAUGGCAGGCGAUGGCAACGUCGGACGAGAAGCGAGAUGUCGAGACGAGCCGAAGCACGAGAUGGAUCGGAUCCAAGGGAUGGGGUUCGAUGAUCCGGGUGAGGGUCGCGAAAUCCGACGCUUCAGUCUUUGGCAAUAAUAGUGACAGGACAGAGGUCAUGAUAGGGACCAUUGACGUGCGCCGGAGCGGAUUUCCAGGGGUCGUAGAUCGACAGGAACAAGCCGCCGCUGUCGCGUUCAACGAUUCUCUCCCUCUGGGAGACCCUGGGAUCGUCUGGGAGGUCGGGUACUACCUGAUAUCCGAAUAUCACGGACGAGGGAUCAUGCCAGCAACACUACAGACUCUAAGGAGUAAAGUACUGGUCCCAUUGAUGAAUGUGCAUAUCUUGACGGGGUAUUACUUUGAAGGCAACGAUGCCAGCCGACGGGUCUUUGAAAAAUGCGGAUUUCAGGCCCAGGGAAUGGUCCCCGAUGCCUUGGUGUUGCCUGAUUCUAAGGCUCGAGCAUCUGGUAAUAGCAUUGGAAUGGGAAUUAUGCGUUGGACAAGGGCUGGCGAUUCUCAGGAUGAGAUGGAUGCAAGUCAAUCUACUUGAUUCUUUGGUCUCUUCCCACAUGGAAUAUGGCUGUCAUUCUAUCAGAGGUGGAGCUUUCAGCACUUGGGCUACUAGUCUGUCCUGUUAGUGUCUACGGGCUUGUCUGGUGUGAAGGUGAAGUGGUGAGCAAGCAAAGAUGGUCUAUUGGCGUUUGGUCUUGGAUAGGGGCGGGUGUUGGAAGUGAGUGACCGCUGAAACAGGGCAUUUUUCUUUCUCACAUCAACGUUGACAUGAUAUAAGGUGGCAUGACACAGUAAAUGAGGCAGGAUAAUGCAAUGAGCAUCGAUAAAUGAGAGAUUAUUGAAGCUUG